GGUUGACAUAUAAGUUGAGAAGUGUUUGAAAUGGGUUUCGAAUCGGCAAAAUUCAUUGGUAAAAUAGACGAGGAAUUCAUGUGUACAAUUUGCACUCAAGUUUUGGAAAAUCCUGUCCAGUCAUCGUGUGAGCACAUAUUUUGCCAUGCAUGCAUCAACGAAUGGCUAGCAAAAGUGAAAACUUGCCCCGUAUGCCGUGAUACUAUAACCAAGAAUGUAGAACCGGUUGCGAGAUAUUUUCGUAAUCUUCUCAAUAAAUUGGAGCUUAAAUGUGACUUUGCAUCAUUGGGAUGCAAAAGCGUUCUCAAAUUGGAGGAUUUUAAAGAUCACAUCGCUGGUCGCUGUGUAUACAAUCCCAAUAUGGAAAUAGCAUGUGACAAGGGCUGUAACAUAACAAUUCGUCGACAUGAAUAUGAAGCGAGCGACUGCAUUUCACACUUAUCGAAUGCAUUAAAGCAACUCCAACAUACGCAAAAUGAACAGACGAAAAUCGUAAAUUCACUGCGAUGGCAGAUUUGCUACAAUAUGAACAUUUCCGUAAACGAACCAAAUAUUUUAGAGUAUGGACAAUGGAACGACGACGCAGACGACCUAGCAUUGGUACAAUCGAUGCGUCCUCUGGCACGGAACAAUACAUCGUUUAAAAUUGAAAUUUUGAAUGGGGGUGACAGCAACAUUAUGGUAAUGGGACUCACUGGUAAGGGUUAUCCGAUAAACAUGCAGCCUGGAUGGCACAGUGGAUCUAUUGGCUUUCGUAGUGAUGGCAAAUUAUUCAAUGGAAGUAGGACUGGCAACGCAUUUGGAUCGACAUGGGAAAGUGGUGACAUCAUCGAAUGUGGACUACAAACGUGUCUUCCAGCUCGUAUUCUUAGCUCAUAUCAAACUUUUGAAGUGUACUUUUCCAAAAAUGAACUAAUACUUGGAUCAACAUUGGUAAGAACGCUUGAGGUUGAAAUUUUUCCGACACUUGGCCUACAAAGUAAAGGUAGCAAAGUUAGAUAUAUCGACAGUUAAAUAAUGAUGCUGGAAGUAUUGUUAGUAAACAACAAAAGAUGCAAUUUGUCCAACAAUCUAUUCUUGAUUCCUUGUCCCAGCGCCAAUUCGCUUAAAACUUCA